GGAAAAUGAUUCAAUACGGGCUACAAAAGAGUUUAAAACCAAACUCGACUCCAAUGUCUACGACAAAGAUAUUAACCCAAAAUUAGGCGAAAACUCUCCAAUUGAUGUCGACAUUACUCUACAUGUAAUUAACUAUAAAAUCAAUCCAAUCGAUAAGGAAAUCACUACAAACUUGUAUUUCCGUCAAAAAUGGUCAGACCAGCGCCUACAGCACUCGUACCCGGAGGUCAAAGUGGUCGGCGGAAAGUCGUUUAUCGACCGCAUGUGGACACCGGACACGUUCUUCUCGAAUGCCAAUUCUGUGGCCACUAUUUCGAUGCCGACGCCGACACUGUUUGCCAGUGUCUCGACCAACGGCACUGUCCUCAUGAGCCACAAACUACAAAUCACUACCCGAUGCCUAUUGAAGGAACGGUAUCUUGAAUGUCCAUUAGAGAUUGAGUCGUAUGGCUAUUCAAUAAAAGAUAUUGAAUAUCAUUGGCCCCGGGGUAAUGGAUCGGUUAGUAUUGGUUCACAAUUGCCUGGAUCAGCCGGUUAUAAAUUUGUUGAAAAAAUUGCUACUAAAAAGUCGAUUAAACUCAGCUCAGGCACAUUUACCCUGCUUGAAUUUAUCAUGAGAUUUGACCGGGAUAAUCUAUUUUAAAAUCAUUUUUUUAAAAAUGAUAUGAUGUUUGGCACCAACACUACUACUACUACUACUAUAUAACCAGAUUUUUUUUUUGAUUUAUUAUAAAUGUUUUUUUGAUUAAUUAACAACUAUAUAUUGCUUAAUUUGCUUUAAUGAUGAUAUGAUUUUGUUAUCAAACUAAUAGAUAUAUUUGUAUUUAAUUUUUUUUGAUUAUCUCUAGUAAUAAUAUUAAUAUUAGCAGUUUUUUAAAAAUUUGUUUUAACUAUUUUAUAUAUAAACUAUAUUACAUUUUGUUGUUGUC